GUGAAUGCCUCCAGCGAGUGAAAUCAGCAAGAAUACAGUGGACAGGCAGAAAAAGUCAAUUCAUUUGGCUUCUACAUGUUUCUGUCCUUGGUUCUUGGCAUGAGCCGAAAAGGAUUUGGGUGGUGAUUUGCCCAUGCUCCGCUGGACCAUACUUGGAAAAAAGCCAUCGUUUCUCCUAUUUGUUAUCCAGUACCGCAUGAAGAGCACUUUGCACGAAUGUGAACGGUCCUAAAAAUUGCUUUGAAAUAUUCCAGAAAAUCCAUCAACUUCAAUAGCCAAGCCUAGCGUCUUACACUUCUCAAAACUUCAAUUCAAAACUCUAGCGACCCAGUUUCUUCAAAAGCAGUCUUUCUUCUUCACCACUUUAACAUUAGAUAUUCCAAUGUCUUAGAUUUUCUCUCUUUCCCUUGAAGAACCCAAAAGAAAUCUUUUUAACCCACCUUCCAUGGAUGCCAAAAGGAUUCAACUUUUCUCUCUUACUUUCCUUUCACUCCUUUAUUUCUCUGCAUCUUUCCUUCCCACAAACAAUUUUCUCCUCAACUGUGGAUCAAACGCCAACACUUCAUUCUAUAACCGCAUCUUUCUAGCUGAUUCUGUCAAACCAGGUUCACUUUUCCUCUCAGCAGAGCGAUCUGUUUCACUCACUGACCGAAGCCCACCUCCUAAUACACCCAUUUUGUACCAUACGGCCCGAGUUUUCACCACGGACUCAAGCUAUAAGUUCGACAUCAAGAAAAAUGGGACAGGGAUCCACUUGGUACGUCUCCAUUUUUCCCCAUUUCAAGCUCAAAAUUUUAACUUAGCAUCUGCCAAAUUCAAUGUCGUGGCUAAUGGCUUCUUGUUAUUGAGUGGUUUUAGUGCUAACAGUGUGCUGCUUAAAGAGUAUAUAUUGAAAAUAGAUGGCAACGUUCUUGAAAUUAUGUUUAGUCCUGUGGGUGAUUCUGGUUUUGCAUUUGUUAAUGGAAUUGAGGUAUUUUCAGUUCCUAAAGACUUUAUAAUUGAUGAUGGAGCUAGGUCGGUUAUUGCUAACGGAAUUGAAGAGUACAAGAACUUAACAUCACGAGUUUUAGAGACCGUUCAUAGGAUUAAUGUUGGCGGUUCAAAAUUGACACCUUUUAAUGAUACUUUGUGGAGAACUUGGAUCCCUGAUGAUGGCUUUCUUGUGUUUAAACCUGCUGCAAAACGAGCAGUCACCACUCAUUUACCAAAUUAUCAGAGUGGUGGUGCAACCCGUGAAAUUGCACCAGACAAUAUUUAUAUGUCAGCACAGCAGAUGAACAGGGAUAAUUCAACAUUGAAUGGUAGAUUCAAUAUCACUUGGGAUUUUCCAGUAGGUUCACAAGGUGCUCCACACUUAGUUAGGUUGCAUUUUUGUGAUAUUGUCAGUCCUGCACUUAAUCAGCUAUACUUUGAUGUAUAUAUCAACGAUUACUCUGCUUAUCGGGAUCUGGAUUUGUCGAUGCUUACAUAUCAUGCACUUUCAUCUCCAGUCUACAUAGAUUUUGUUGCGGAUUCGGAUGAUUCAGGGGUUAUACGUAUAAGUGUUGGACCUUCAGAUUUGAGCAAUCCUUCGAAAAUUAAUGCUAUUCUAAACGGGGCGGAGAUCAUGCGGUUGGUAAAUCUUAAAGGUUCACAUGCUGGGUCUAACAAGAAAAACGUUUGGCUUUUGGUGGGUUCUAUUGUUGGAGGCGUUGUUAUCUUUUGUUUGGUUGCAGUUGCAAUUGCGCUUGCAUUUAAAUGCAAGAAGAAGAAACCAAAACCACCAAGACGUGCAGAAAGUGCUGGCUGGACACCGCUACGUGUAUAUGGGGGCAGUUCAUAUAGUAGAAUGUCUGAAGGGACUGUUACUACAUCUCCAGGCCCUAAUGGAUAUCACAGCUUGAGAAUCCCUUUUGUUGACAUACAAACGGCAACUAACAAUUUUGACAAGAGUUUGAUUAUUGGAAUGGGUGGAUUUGGUAUGGUUUACAAAGGGGUCCUUAGAGAGAAUACUAAGGUUGCUGUAAAGAGAGGUGUCUCCGGGUCAAGGCAGGGCCUCCCAGAAUUCCAGACUGAGAUAACUGUUUUGUCAAAGAUUCGUCACCGCCAUCUUGUUUCACUUGUUGGAUAUUGUGAAGAACAGUCAGAAAUGAUACUGGUCUAUGAGUACAUGGAAAAAGGGCAAUUGAAGAAUCAUUUAUAUGGUUCAAAACAUCUUCCUUUGUCAUGGAAGCAAAGGCUUGAAAUAUGCAUUGGCUCAGCAAGAGGUCUUCACUACCUCCAUACUGGUUCAGCACAAGGUAUCAUUCAUCGUGACAUUAAAUCUACCAAUAUAUUGCUUGAUGAAAAUUAUGUGGCCAAGGUUGCUGACUUUGGUCUCUCGAGAUCUGGCCCAUGUCUCAAUGAAACCCAUGUAAGUACUGGGGUGAAGGGUAGCUUUGGGUAUCUUGAUCCUGAGUAUUUCCGGAGACAGCAGCUUACUGAUAAAUCAGAUGUUUAUUCAUUUGGGGUUGUGCUUUUUGAGGUACUUUGUGCUAGGCCUGCUGUUGAUCCAUUGCUUGCUAGGGAGCAGGUGAACUUGGCAGAAUGGGCUAUGCAGUGGCAGAAAAAAGGCAUGCUUGGGAAAAUAAUUGAUCCGCACCUUGUGGGACAAAUAAAGCCUAGCUGUUUGAAGAAAUAUGGAGAAACAGCUGAGAAAUGUUUGGCUGAGUAUGGUGUUGAUAGGCCAACUAUGGGUGAUGUCUUAUGGAAUUUGGAGUAUGCACUUCAGCUUCAAGAAUCAGGGCCAGAAGAACCACGUGAAGGCAGCAACAUGAAUGUGGUGGAUUGUCCAACAACUAGUAUUACUCCAUCUAGCAAUGCUAGGACAGAGAAAGAUGACGGUAUUGGUGGUUCAGACUUAACAACAAGCCAAGUGUUCUCGCAAUUGAUGACAAAUGAAGGCAGAUAGUUUAAACUGUCAAUCCUGCAUAGACACAGUCAAGGUCACUUCUCAUUCUCAAAAACUUCUACUAGAAUCUAUACAUUUUGGAAGUUUUAAUUGAAGUUUAACCUUCUUUCUUUCCUUCAAUAUUUUCUCGUAUUGUAUCAAAGCUGCAUCUUGGCUGUACGUUUAUUAUCAUUCUUAUGUAGUAAAAGUAAUGGGUUUAAAAUAGUCGUUCUUUUCA